AUGGCGCUCCCCUUACGGACAAGUUUCAAACAUCUCUCCAGGUUCAUUCAGAAGUUGAAUUCUCCAAAAAGACUUCUGUGCGCCGAAACAUGUGCAGAAAACAAGGUAAAUGUUCCGGACUUUACUCUCUGUCUAAUGUGAUGUUUGUACCGCUGUUGGGUUCGGAUUUCAGUCUGUCUGCACACGGACGGACUGAACCUCUGCUGGAUUAUCAAUACCGUCUGUUUUACUCAAUCAUAUGUAGUUUGUUACAGGAGCUUGUUUAGAACUUAUUUUUGGAUAUAUCACCUCAAGCGGUUUACUGUUAUGGAAUUAAAAUAUUCCCAGCGAAAGAGGUAGAAAUUAAAAACGUAUCAACCUCCGUACUGAAAGCUUGUAUCACUCUUUAAAAUGGUCUGGUCUCAAAAAUCUAAUAACAAGAAAGGUAAAAAUGUGUUUCUGUGCAGAAUCUUCACAUCAUACCAUACAUUAUUUAUCAUAACUUAUUUACAGUAUUGACCAGAGAGGGGCCUGUAUUAUUACGUCUCAGUUCACAGUAGUCCACACUUUCAAUAACACAAAGUAUCAAUAACUGACAAAUAUUCACCUGUGGUGUUGUUGUCUGGUCUUUGCCAUCCAUUAUUUGACUGGAUAUUUGGUGAUAGAAAUGAUGUUACCUUGUUUAAUUUGGGCAGUAGUCAUGUAUUGAAGAGUUUGUGUAGAGGGAGAGUUCCUCUGCUGAACCGCCUUUGUGUGAAUAAAACACUUUUUCAGUUUAAUAGAUUUGCUGUAAGACUUUGUGUGUUGUGGUAACACUCAUAUGGGCUCUGAUGGAUAAAACAAAAACUCAGAUUUUGAUAUGGACUGUAAUGUUCAUUUUUGCUUUUUGGAGAACUUCUAAUUUUCACAUUCACACAGGAGUUGAUCUGAAGUGCAAGAUAAGAUAUGAUACUCCUUUAUUAAUCCCACAAAGGGAAAUUCCUGUUUUGUGCAACAGUGUGGCUGCAUUUGUAUAAUGUAGCCACACUGUUGGUAACUGGCUGAUAUAAAAUUCAGAAGUGAGACACAAACAACCUAACUGUGUAAAAAGGUUUUUAUCUGUGCAGGAAGAUCUUGAUGAGGCACAGUAAGCUGCACCGAGAGAAACUCAGUCAAUUAUUGUUGUCAUUUGUACUGCCUCUCUUUUUUUGUUGGUUGUCCUGUACUAUGGUGAGACACUUUUAAAGAAUUUAUCUAGUGGAGAUAAUCAGCAGAUUAAUGGCAUUUUAAAAUGAAUAAUACUGAUUGGGAACUAAUAAUAGUGUCUGUAGAAGCUGCAGGCAGCCUCUCCAGCCACUGAAUAGAUAGUAAAUGGUGUAUUUGCAAAAGGAGCGAACACAGUUAGUUUUUGCUCACUUAGAUUUACUUUUUGGUUUGUAACUGUGUCUUUCAACAAACAUAAACAAACAAAGAAUUGCUUUAGGACAGUUCUGAGAAGGUGGUAAAAAUGUUAGUUUUGAGCUUUUGCGCCUGUGAUAACUGACACUCACCUUGCUGUAUACAUUUGCUUAAAUUUCCACUGUUACCAUAAUAUCGUCUAAAUUAUAAAGCCAUUUCCUCAUCCCAAAUGACAGGAAAUCAAAUGCAGAACAGUUAGUAACUGGUGUUUAAUAUCAAUUCUUUCACAAUGUACAGGAUAAUGUACAGUAGUUUCAUCUCGCUAUUGACCAAAAUAUGAGUCAUCUUCUUAAAUCAAUCAUUUAACUCAUUAUAAUUCUCUAUUUCAUGAAUAAAAAAUCCAUCUGAAACAUGUUACUGGCUUCAAAAACCAUGCACCAGAUUGUAUUUUGCAAAGAAUCUUUGGAUUAUACACAGUGUGUUUUUAAUUUUUUUUAAUUAAAUUGUUGUAUUUUACAACCAUAAAUAUAUUGAGACCAUAAAUAUAUUGUCUGUUGAACAAACUGUUAGUUGUAGCAGUCUCUCCCAACACUCAGUACUUCUGUAGUGAAUGUGUGUUGAAGUGCAGCAGGAAGUCUCGGUUUUUGGAGCAGCUGCCUUUAGUUUGACAGCAGAAAGUGUUUCAAAGACUUCAAACCUCCGAAUCAAAGAGUGAAGAUUUCAGUACAGAUGAAAGCAACGUGGUUUUGCCCAAUCCCAAGGGGGAAAGGGAUUCUGGGAAGUAGAGGGAAUUAUGCGCUGAAGUUGAGCUUAGCAAAGCAAUGUGAAGAAAAUGCUGCUUUCUCUUACAUCAAGUUACAUCACCGAUUAAAUAUUAUUCUGUAAAAUUAGAUUUUAGCUGGCUAGUUUUUAAACUUGUGUGUUUAUAAUGUAUAAAUUUGGACAUUUUCCAUAGAUUGCUGUCUCUGCAUGAGUUUGAAUGGUGCCUAUUUUGUAGCAGACAUUUAUUUCUGAGCUCUGAGUGGCUCAGACGUUCCCUAUUUUUACACUCUUGACUGUAGCAGCUUUUAUUUGUGAACUGAAACCUUCUUUCUUGUCUGUAUGUCUGGCUCAUGACAUCAUCUCCUCAGUAGCACUCUGUGUGCAGCUUUUCACUUUCAUGGUCUCAAGAAACACGCUUUCUUUAGCUCAGCUGAGGGUUUUCUAUCAUUGCACGGCUGCCCUGGUGGGACAAAUGGGGUGUUAAGUCAAACAACGAGUCCCCUGGCACACAUAAGAAUAACCUGUGCGUUUCAGUACAACAACCAUGCUAAUUAUUGCGCUGUUCUUGCAUUACGCUGCAGUUUAAGACCUCAACCAUCCGCCCAAAGCCCUGUUUCUGCUUGAUGUAUGAGCUGUAGUACAGUAUGUGCGUUGACCGCUGUCCCGUCUGUAUUUUGUUAAGGAGAAGUCUCUAGAGAGGCUGCAGAGGUGUGCGACGAGAGGGAAGAAGGAGUGGAAGUGAGGGGGGAGGAGGGGCUCCAAAAAGCAUCACAGCAGUGCUUCAUUACCAGCAAUAACAUCAGAAAUGAAGUGUUGGUUUUCAUUUGUUUUAAUUUUCUCCAAAUGUGGAGGACCGAGAGCUUAAAGCGGCGUGCUCACAAUGCCCUGAGGUGUGAUGUGCGUCAAACUCGACGCUUGUCAGAUGUUUUUCUGCACUGGAAAAUGUAUAAAAAGUGGCUGAAUCUCAGCGGACUUACACAAAGAUGAAGUGUGACAUGUUUCAGAAACGUUUGUUAGACAGUUGUGGUUUAGCUUUUGAAGUAUUGUCACUCUGAACUUGUGCUCAGGUUACUAAAUAUCGAAAAAUCCUGCAGUGAAAACUGUUGAAGGUUCUGGUUUGAUCAGGUUUUGACUGGAGGUCCUGGUUGGAUGACUUAUCCUUGUUUUUGUUGAUGAUUAAAUUUCAGGGAUGCUGCAGCGUCCAAGUGUCAUGAUAUUAUAAAAUCCCAAUAAGUCCUAAGUGCAAUCUUUGUUUUAAUGUUUUAAAAAAGAAGCAAGAAAGCUGCUAAAAGUUUUUGACUGAAGUCUAGCCUUGAUACGAUUUUAAACUUUUAUAUCCUUUGUUGUUGACCACAGAAUAUGACUGUAGGUCUUUGGCAUAUAUCUUAUGAACACUAUUGGCGCUGUUAUGGGGAAGUGAGGCUUUAAAUGCUCUCUUUUGUGUCUUUUUGCUGUUUUGUUUCUUCAUAUCUUCUCACAUCUCUUUGAGGUGACAUUUAGCCAAGCGGCUCCUGGUGUUACUUAUAUUCCUCAAUGUGUAGGUAACCACAGUCUGGCAGUUUCUACUUUUUUUUUGUUUGUACAUCACCAUCUUUCUGUCUUUGGCUGUAAUGCUUCCACGCAUUAUAUUUAAAAUGAUCCAUAGUUUCAAAAUUGUCCCUCUGCUCUCCCUAUUUGUUUACAUAAUUUCUGUAAUGACUAAACUCUCUAAUGACUAAAAAUUUCUCUAAGGUGACCUAUUUUGCUGUUCUGUGCUUUUAAACAUGUGUAUGAUGUUACAAUUUCAGAUGUCCACACUAAUCCAUGAUUCCAUGUCCACAACAAGAGAUACACAGAUGGCAGCGUUUCCCCUGGACGUGUUUUCAAGGUUCCCUUAAAAGCUUUUUCAGUGUUGUCCUAUCAGUUGAUGGGAGACAUAUAGGUGGGUACCAAUGGCUACUCUCAAACUUGUAAAGCCAUAAAGGUCAUUUCAUGACUUCAACACAAGUUGUUUCCAUCUCUAUAUUGGUGGAAAAGCUGCCAAAAAGACCCAGAAUGAAUGCUUGAAAAUAUAGAUUUUGGGUAUAGGGAUCGAGACAGGCUGAGUUAGGGUAUUAACAAGACUUGAUGUUAGUUAUCAGUUGUCUGAACCAUGACUCAAUCAUGAUUGAUCAUCUACAAAAUUUUGAGCAUUUGAAGCGCAUCAUAUCUGAUCUGAUCAACUAAUCUGAGUAAAUGGACAUUGCAGCUUUAGGCUUAGCAUUGAAAGACGUGCUCUGCCUCACGACCACCUCCAGCCUCAUGUCAGCUGUAAACACAGCGCUCCCCACAGCUCCUCCCUGGCCUGCGGUCCUGUUAGUGACUGGUAUCAGUCAUGUCAGCCCUGGGCUCCAGGAAAGAGGAAGUGACUUCUAAUUUGCCUCUCUUUUCUCCUCUGCUCUAAAUUCACUCACCCGCGUGUCAGUUAAAACCAUUAGGGCGGCUGCAGCGCCACAUGGGAGAGCCGGCGAGAGCGAGGAAACAUGGCCUCCCCUUUGAGGAUGUUCAUUAACUGCCCUAUUUAUUUUCAACUGUCAGAAAGGCCUGCUAAUUCUCAGCCGUCCCCUCGGUGUAAUUAGGUUUGUCGUACUUGUUCUCCAGCCAGGUCCCUCACUCAGGCGCUUUACACAUUACCCGUUUCUUAAAACUCUCCCAUAUGUCAACAUACUCUUUUCAAAAAAUUCAUAUCUUUAAAGUUGAAUUACAGUAUCGACCCGUAGCUGUGCUUCCACACUCCUGCCUGGGGAUCUCGACAGUUUUCCUGUAUUUGACUUUAUGUCUGAUAGGGUUCGCUUUUUGCUUUUUAAGCGUCUGACAUUUUUGAUUAAAACGUACAGAGUAUCUGGUAUUCUGCCAUUGAGCUGCACUCAGGUCAACAGAGGCUUUCCUUUACAGAGGGAAAUUACAGAGAAGCUGCCGGUGGAGGUUUGCCCUGAGUGUUACCAUAAUUACACCCUGAUAAAUUUAUGACGUGUGUGCUGGUUAUUUUUUGCUGUGUUGCGACUUUUAUGGGAUUUUCAGGUAUCAUUAACUGGCCUGUCAGUCAUUUGUUUCCUGCAAGUCAAAUAAAAUUAAACAUGUCCAUUAUAACACUGAAGAAGGAAGUGGUAUAAUGAAAGUAUCUGAACCAAUUUGGAAGGACCCUCCGAAUGGAAACAAGUAGCUCUGACAUGAGUGUGUUUAUUUAACUGUUAGAAAAGUAACAUACGAGCGAGACGGGUCUUUGCUUUUCCAGCUGCGCACAAACGUUAAUGAAUAUUGUGCGCAGAGCUGUUUUAGUUUCAGCUGGCGUGAAGUCGCAGUCCAGAUUAAACAGAGACUGGUUUUAAAGUGAGAGGAAAAUUGAUAAAACUGCUGUGAAAAACCGCUGCUGUGGCUGAGCAUGAUCGUCUCAUCUGUUGGGACAAAAUAUCCAGACAGCAGAGUCCUGUUUUUCUGAGCUGGUGCAAUGAUCUUUACUCCAAUUCUAGAUAUCGAUACUUUGAGUAACAAAUACAGAUGUCGCACUUUUCUGUUGUUGGACAAAAAAAUAUAUAUUUUGAUGUCGACAAUGUUUUGAAAGGGGACUGCAAAGUUUAAAGGCAAAAAAUGUUGAUGGCUCCAGCCGAUUGUAACUGGUUCUGAUCUGGAAUGGGUCUUCUUUCAAUUCAGUUGCAGUCCCUACUUCUUGACUGUGGCUAACUGUGGCAUGAGGGCGACGACUUGAACAGAAAUUAAAUGGCUUAAGGAGAAGUUGAUGGCUGAUAACCAGGAGAAGACUGCAGACUGUGGGCCAGCAAUGAAAAGACGUCAUGUUGCCAUCGGCUACCAGAAAAGAUUGUGACUUAAUGAAUAAUGACAUGACUUAGACUUAGACUUAGACAACUUUAUUAAUCCCACCAGGGGCAAUUGAUUUGACAUGAUAAGAUAAUACCUUUGGGGAGUUUCGGAAACACUGGGCUUCAUUUUCUGACAUUUUGUAUAGCAAAUAAUUAAAUAUUUAAUCAGAGAUGGGAAUUGAGAACUGGUUCUGCAAAGAACCACCUUAACAUGCAAAGGUGGAAACACAAGCAACAUACCUAAACAUUUGCCAAGGCAGUACAGCAUCAAAUACAUCCAUUUUUUUUCUUUUAUCAGAGACUCAAUUAAAAUUUUGAGUUCAUGAUGAAAACCUAUAGUCUACCUUUUUUUAAGUCAAAGGGAAGGCAUUGAUAAGGGAAUCGUUAAAGAAUUGAAUCGAUAAGCAGAAUUGAUAAUGGUAUCGAUAUCAAUAAAAUAUUAUCAAUUCCCAUCCCUUUAUUUAAUAGAAUAAACUCAAUGUCAGUUGAAAUAACUAAAGAGUCGGUUGCAGCUUUAGCGUUUCUUAUAAUGAUAUCAGCAGGUAAUAGGGUUCUUGAGUUGAUAAAAUGUCAGUUCUGAGCGUUCGUCGCCUCACAUAAGCAAGAAAAGUCCUCAAACGUUUAGUUUCUAAUGAGCCGGAUUACAGCUUCCUGUCCUGAGUAGCUCCUCCUGGUUAUCUGCCCCCAGGUCACUCUGAAGUCUGCUUCCUUCAGAAGCUGCUGCCUGUUAGGGCUGGAGGCUCUGACUGCCUCCCCCUGCCUGGUUAUUUUUGGAGCACCGUCGGGCCCUGUCUGCGGGGAGUGCUGUUUUUGAAGGGCCUCCAGUCCCAUUAAUCAGCCGAGGGACCCCACGGCGCGAGCGGGCCCCGAGCCCUGGCCCGCCACACUGCAGCGUUCUGUUCCUGUACCCCCGCUCUCCGCACAGUGUGAAACUCAGAGGAACCUCAUCAAUCUCACCUGUCCCACACGUCAACCGCAGAUUUAAUCAAACGCUCCUUUUGGGCCUUACCCUCUGCUCCCCCCUUCGACACUCUCAGAGAGGAAAAAAAGAAAAGGCAGCACAAGUCUUGACUCGACUGUAGUCACACUUUAAUUCUUAUUUAUUUUUUUAACAGCAUCGCCUUUUUUAUCAUUUUCUUUUCUCUGCCUCUACAUUUUGUUGCCUGUUUGAAUUUACACUCAUUCUUGUGUUUAUUUUUGUGGCGUCGUACGCACUUUGUUUCAAGCUGUGGUGUGUUCCCACAUAUGCUGAACACACACACAUGCUUUAGGGGAUAAAAGGGGGGGUAAUACAGUAAACCCCAUUUCCUAUUUGAUACCUGAGUGAAGUGCAGCUCCGUUGGUUGCCAGCGUUAACAGGUCCCAAAGCGAGGGAGAGACAGAGAUGAAGAAAGAUACUGAGAAGUCGGGGGUGUGUGUCAAGGUGUAUUUCAGCAUGAUGCUAGUGCUAAUGGGGUGCAUGGGGUGUUUAAAACAGAGGAGGAACACUGGAUCCUGUAUGUCUGACACCCAGCGGGAGAGCCGUGAAAACCCGCCAUGUGCAGCCGUAUCUCAGUGCCGCCGAGGUCGAUUCCAGACUUCUGCCGACAAAGAGCUGAUGGUAAUUCACAGCAGGGCGAGCGGCGAUGCUCCAGGAGGCGGUUUUUCGAGAUGUGUUGAAACUGGCGCAGUGAAAUGUUGGUGACUGUCGGCCCAGCUCAUCAGACCCUUGUUGAGAGAGAUGUCAGUGGGCCACUCCAGGACUCCCAGGCUCUGAUUUUGAUGCAUUAGCCCCGAAAAAAAAGCAGCCAGGACAGAUCAGAGAAGAGGAAUCGACUGUUUUGCAAGUUUUAGCUCGACCAAAACCACGGCGUGAUUAAUAACACUGAGUGCAGUGAGACCGUGGGUCAGAGCGCACUGGAAGCUCCUACUGCUCAAUUAUCAUAACAGAGAAACUCCUCUUAUAACAUGCUUUAGUAACACUUGAAUUUCUUAAAGUGACACUGACUGAAUCAAGGUUCAGUGAACAAAAACACUGAGCUUGUGAAUGGGCUGAAGGAUGUCAACAAAGAAAAAUCGACCAGCUCUCUGUUCAGGAAAGAUGUUAUAUAAAUUUUUUUGCGGGACUAGAUUGUGUGAAAGGUUUGUUCCACUAAAUCCCUGUGUGACCUUUUUCUUUUUUUCUUUGUUAAGGGGGAAUUCAGUCAUAGUGGACGCCUCAGAUCAGUCGUACAAAAGGUUCAAAUGGAUGCAAAUCAACACAAAAUAGAAUCUAUUAACCAUCAUUUUUGAUUGAUUGCACAAAACAAACGUGCUUAUUUAUCUGGAGCCUAUGGUGGGCCAUAGGAAAAAGCUGAAUGUAGCUGCUGGUGGAAAAGCUGCGUGUACGUGUGAGUCUUAAUUACAAAGAAAAAAGAAGCAGUGUCUCUGAACAGUAAACAUGAUGGCUGGUGUUACUGCAUGUGUGCGUUUCAUCGUUCAGUAAUACUUUCACUCAUUAUGUUUGCAUGUGUCCAUUAAGCUCUAAAAUACAGACAGCAGAGAGGCGGGUGGUACGGUAAAUCUAAGACUUGUUUCAUUGGAAUAAGAGGGGGAUUGUUACUUUUCUUGAUACUGGUGCCAUAUUUGAAACUUCUUUAUGCUUGGAGUCUUUACUGAUGCUGCUGUUAAGUCUUUCUUGUUACUGUUUUCCUCCAAACAAUUGUGUUUACACUGACAAAAAAAGGCAGUUUCUAGCUAACUAGCUUUUAUCUUGCCGAUUUCACCAUGAAUUUCAACAUUAAAUUCACCUCUGGAUUGUGACUUUUGCAGAAUAUAACAUUACCACAUGGGGCCCAUGAGAGCAGAAUUGAUAAGCUUUAAUUGUUUUGGAUUUUUACAUUUUUUCCACAUUUCUGUUGCCAUGUGCUACAUCACAUGCAACGUUGCUAUAGGUCUAAACAGUCACUUCGAAAGGCACUUUAGUCAACUUUCAUAAAAGAAUGUUUCCAAAGCCCCCUUGAAAAAUGAAAUGAAAAGAAUGGUUCCAGACCUGUCCACUAAAGUGAGUAAAGCAUAUAAAGGGAGUUAAUUCAGUCUGCAAAAAGAUUAAACUAUGGGCCAUAAAUCUGGAAGGGAUGAGUCACUGCGCAGCUUUAUAAAUCAAAGGCUCACUUUUCUGUGUACAUUAAAAAAGCUAAUUUUUACACUAGUCACUGAACCCCAGAACUAUUUGUCUUCUUCAGAUUCUUCUGUAGGGGUGUAAUUUCCUUGUCUCCCUUUAACGAUAAUAGCAACACUUACAUUCAGCUCCAACAAUAAAGUUAUUCCAGACUUGGGAUGGGAAAGUUGUUUCCAUGAUAUCGUGGAACCAAGUUUUCUUGGUUCUUAAUGUAGAUAUCAGAAAGUAGACAGCCAUUUUAUUCUCAGAUUAAAUUGUGGCCGUCAGUUUUUAAUUGAUUGAUACCACAGCUUGUGAGAAUGUGACAGAUUUUCUGAUUUACUGUGUGAUGGUUUUCUUACCGCCAGUGUGGAUCCUUGAUUUUGAGCUGUCAUAAUCAUAUGGACAAACACCUUCACAGCUUCACUGCUGUUUAUGUAGGCAAAGACUAUGACACGUGUGGACAUUCGUACGCCUGUGUUUCUACAUGACCUCUAUCCCUGAGGAGAUUACCACACACAUACAUGCACAGACAAAUGAACACAAAUUCCCGGAAAGGUACCGCAAGUGUGAAAACACGGCCUUUUAGUGUAUGUAACCUUCUAGCUGUUGGCGUUAAUGUCACACACACGAGGUGUAAUGCAUUCAGCAUAUGGCAGACAUGGAUGAAGAAAACUUUCGUCACCUUGGCGAUUCGGUACUACGACUGCCCCGUACCUGUCAAUGUAAAAUAUGAGCAAAGAACAACCAGUGUUUCCAGCGUCUGCUACGCGUCAUCAACUGGUGUGCGAUGAAUCUGAGACAGAAGUGUAGAGAAGGAGGUGAGGAGACAAUUCAAUUCAAAAAGCUUUGUAAUGACUCUAGUAAAACUAUAUAAUUGAUAUAGUUUUACUUUUUGAGCGAUCACUUGGUUCUGCAUACGGCAAUAUCAUUUUGUCAGCUGGUUGAUCGACUGGGAGUCAAUAGCUUGGCCAAGCUUGGCAUUUGCAGGAAUUAAUGGUCAAAUUUUUCUCAUGAUUCUGCUAUCAGGGAGUAAACUGCAAUAACUGAGAGAGUGCAGAUCACUACAGAAUUGAUUGCCUUGACAUUUGGUACACACUGCAAUAACUUUGGUACACUUUUCAUUUAGAGACAUUGGUGGGUCAAAAGUUAGUUUUUCCGUUCUUUACUUCCAUUCUUGUUCCCCAUUGUUACUAUGUUUCCCUCUGUAUGCAUGUGCACUUUAAACAGCACUGUACCUGAAGCACAGUGUCCUACAAACAUUAGCACUGCUGUAGACAGUGGCUCCCAUAUUGGUAAGUUUGCCUCCAACUAACUUUUGGCUUAUCUAGAGGCUAUUUUCACAGAGUAGUAUACAGUAUGAAAAAGUAAACAAUUGUUGUGUUUUAGCUGUACUUUUGUGUGGAAAUGGCAGUUUGAACUGUGAAAUUGAAAUCUGUGGAACCUCUUUUUGUAAAUGCCACCCUUUCUGUUGCUGUGUCAGCUAGCAAAUGAUGGAAACAGGGAUGUCAUAACCACAUUAGCACUUGCAAAUGUUAGCUUGUUUUCAUUGAGUGCCUGUAUUUGCUGGUGGAUAGUAUUCUUCAAUGGCGUUACAUUGCAAAUAUACACUGCUGACUACAGUCCUGGCAUUCAUACUCCAGCGUUCUCUGUUGUCUAUGAGUUUUAGUGUGCAUGCAGCUUGUUUACAUAACGUUGUAACAUUGGCGCCUCUCUUUGCAAUGCAAACAAAAAACUUAAAUUAGUGUGUAGCUGUUGCAAAUUAUCUGUAUUAAUGUGCCUCGGAGUCCAAACCUGCUUUUGGACCAUGCUGUAAACGUGUUCAAUGCUGCUUUUAAACUUAACAAUUUAAGCAUUUGGUGCAGGUCUCUACUGGACACUUGGGGAACUGCACUUUCGUUGCGCCUCUGCAUUGGCUUCAUUUUCCUGUACCAGACGUUGCCACUUAGCCAUAAUCUAAUCAGGAGAGUUACAGCAGAGUCCAUCACCACCUGGAAAAGGCCAAAACCUGUUGUGAUGUCACUUAGAGGGUGUGGCUAAAGGCGCAAGAGAAACGUUUCCGUGCCCUAAAAUUAACAACUAGCAGGGUUGGUAUACUGGUCGACCAUCACAGAGGUAUGCUAGCUGGAUGAUGAUAUUUCAUUACUGCCGGCUCUGGGGCGCUGUAUUCAUUACAGACAUUAAUUGCUUUACAACAUUAGCUGUCUGCUCUGUCAUCAUGCAGUGGUUGAUUUAGUUCUUCUUGUAACCUUCCAGGAACCGUACCGGCACAUGUUUAGAGACACCUUCCCCUGACCAACAGUAACACGGAGGUGUGCGGUGAAGCAGCAUUAUGCGUGCUAAAGCAAUUGCCCAGUGGCUAGUUAGCCGUGGCGUUGACUCUCAUUUGACACUCGAUUGGCUCAAAUGACACCAUUACCAUGUCUGCAUGGCUAAUGGCUUCCCCUGGGGGCUGCAGCAGAGGGGGAACAUGCGUUUGGCGUGUCAGCUCGAGGUGAGAACACACAUGAGCCAGACUCGGGGCCCCGUCCACACCCAAAUCAAUCCUGACACCUCUUAAGAGGCUCUCAGCAUCAAUGGCACUCCACUGCAAUUACCCCGUCGGUAAUGACAUAAGCACCCAGUUCCUUCCUGCUUCUCUCUUGCAGGGCAGCGAGCAGCUCCCUCAGGCCAGUCGAUGGAGACUUUGUGGACCACGCUGGCCCCAGAACAGUUGUUAUUUGAUCCCCCAGGACCGAGAGAUGGGGAAGCUCUCUGUCAGACUGGUGAGAGAGCAGCUGUUAUCUGAUCUUUGAGGCUGUGCCGAGCCUGUCCCUCAGUCAGAUUGAAUGUGAUGUUGCUCAGCUAGCUGUCAAGAUAACCGCUUUCUCUGCAGCGACUGAAGAGGAUAUCCUCCAAAAGCUUCAGGUUUUAAUGAUUAGUUAUGAUAACCUCGAGGCGUGCAGCCUGGGAACAUAUAAUCGGCAGUCAGAUCUGAGGUGAUAACACUCGGAUCCCGUGGGUUUUCUAGAGGGAACGUUUUAAAACAGGCUCCUCUUUCCAGCUGGUGUUGUUUACAACCCUUCAACACUUCUCCUGUCCGGCUAAAACAAACUUAACCCCGUUCAAGCUGUGGGUCACUUUCUUUCAAAGUUACUAAAUGAUGGUAACAGUAUCAGCUUCAAGUUUUACCAUCAGAUUUGAUAUAUAAGGGAAUCAAAGGACUGUUCAUUCCUUUGGUCUGCCCAGUUUUUGUCAGACAACAUAGGCAAGUUGCAGCUUUAACUAAAGCAUCAAAAGUUAGUCUGAAACUUCAUUGUAAACCAUAAAGUGGGUUUUAUCUUGAACACAGAGAUAAAGGUUUAUGAAGACUGAUUGGUUAAACUGGUGUUUAAACAUUUAACCAACAAACGCAUGUAAACCUCAAGCUAGACUGAAGGCCGGUGGUGCUAGCUCUGCUAAUGUUAGAUCCAGUCUAUAAACCAGGUCUACAUACCAGCAGAGUGUUAGGUCUUGUGCAGGUGCAGCUUGUCAGCAAUCUCAGAUGGGCGGAGCCUUCCAACAACCAGGAAGCCACGCAUCGUCAUGAGGAACUAAGGUAUAGCUGGACAUCAAGGGGGAGCCAGAAUCACUUGUAACUUCAAAACACUCAGAGUGUACUUACUCUUGGACUUGUCUGACAAAUUACUGAGAGAUGAGUUACUUUUGAAUAGAGUUUGGCAGUAUGACGGUAUAUACCAUGUGGCGGUAUAAAAGUGUCUAUCGGUGAACAUUUUGCUAUGCCAUUUAUACCAGAGAGAGAGAGAGCAGAUGUCUGCUGCAUCUCUCUGGGUUAGUGUGUAGUUGUCUGCGCUCGAUAACAGAAAAGCCGGAACGCAUCCGUUUGGGUGCAUUUCUGUGUGGAGUUUGUUCGCUGCGUUUGAUUAGUCAGGUUUAGGUGUGUUCCCUAUAAUCACCAGUGUGACCAGCAGACUGCUUGGCAUAGCUUUGAUGAAGAAGAAACAGCUUCACUGGUGGUGGUGAUGGUGGAUGCGGAGAUAAGUGGCAGUACCGAGCAAAAGGAGGCCGUCCGACCCACCCAACAUGAGGAAGAAGAGGAGGAACUCGUUCUGAGAAAGGGCGCGAGUCGCGACAUCGGUUGUUUGGAGACUCUUCGGAUUUAGAAAACCCAACAAUGAUCAAAAAACAAUACUAUGCAAAGAGUGUCGUGUGGCUGUCAUUGCUGGAGGUGGAAACACCAGCAACCUCUUCCACCACCUAAAGAUGACACACGCCAAGCUCUAUGAUGAAAGCCAAAAGAUGCGUGGCGCACCCGCCGCACCAAAAACUAAACAAACGCCAUAUGAUAAAAAAUCACCACACUGGUGAUCUGGUCUGGCAUUUUGUUGGCAUUUGUGUACAAACCCGAGUUUAAAAAUAAAAGGAAAAUGAACAAAUGCAACAAUAUGGUUAUUUUUAAGCCAUUAAUUGAAUUUACAGGAAGAAAAAAAAAACAUACCGUGAUAUAUACCGUUACCGUGAUAUGAAAUUACUCAUACCGUGAAAUAUUAUUCAUACCGGCCUACACUAUUUUGGAACAUCCUUGAAUCCCCCACAUGAACAGCAGCCCCUUAUUUAUGCUGAAUUUUGCGAACCUUGUACAGUUGUAACCCUUGCAAAGGUUCAUGUUUAUGUACAACAUACCUCCUCGCCUCAAGAAAGACAUGAUCCCUCACCACCUUCUCACCUGUGAGUUACAGGACUGUGCCAAACCACAUCACUGCACCUCUGCCGGGAACUAAACACUGCUCCUCGUGACCUACAGUUCAUUCACUGCCAAACACUUUGUCUUCUUGACUGCCCAGCAAAACACCAAGUCCCAGUCUUCAUCUUUAUGUUUUUCUGCUUUGUAAAACUCCAAUCUUCUGUGUAACAGCUUUGGAGGAGAAGCCUGAGGUUUUUGCACACAGCUGCGGUUUCAUGUCUCAUGACAGGUGCCGCUCUGCUUGCCCUCUAAUUGCCUCAUGUGGUGCUUGGUGCCACUAACAGCGGUUUGAGCUUUCUUCUGGCAGGGCCGUUUUGAGAGCCAAGGUUCAGUGGAGUGGGUCGAUGCCAGGCGAAAUGAGGCGGUCUGGCCCAGCGAGGCUGAGCAGAAAGAGAAAGACAAAGUUUAUCCAAAGAAUCAAACUAAGCUAGUCAUCAUUCUCUUUCUUUCAGAGGUGGCAAAUACAGUUUGGACCUAACUCUAGUUAUACUAAUUCUGGUGGAGUCAUGUUGUUGUGAGUGUUUGGUGGUGUACUAGAUUUACUUUAUUGGUUCUUUGUACCGUUUCUCGUUAGUGUCCUUCCCCUUUGCGGUAAUCGAGGCCUUGAAGUCAGCUGGAUGGAUGUUAAUGGUUAUUGUUGGCCUGCGAGGUGAUGCAUUCUUUGCCCUGGAUGUGUUUGGGAGAGAACAGAGGUGCUAGCCAUGAAGUUAGCAUCACGGUAACACAAGCAUGACGGCUGCUGGCCUCCAACCCGCCAAGAGUUUAACACUGACUCUGUGGUCCCUGCAGGCUUCUCCAGUUGUGACUUUCUCACCUUUUCACCUUCACCCUCUCUCCCAGAAAGCUAGUUUGUUUUCUCUUCUCCUCUGCCCACCUCUUUUUCUCUCCUCCACUUUCUUGAGUUUUCUCACUGUGUUUUUCCUUGUAGUCAGUGUUGAUAAUUUCAUCUAUAUGUCAUUUCUUGAUCUGUUCUUAUGCCUUUUAUUGUGUUAGUGCUGGGAAUCUUUCAGUAUCUCACGAUAUGAUUUUAUACAAUAUGAUUUUAAGAUACAGUACACUACGACACCUUUGAUUGAGUAUUUUUUACUCUGAAUUCUGAUUCUUGAGGUCACCAUUCAAUUUAAAAUCAACUCUCCAUUCAAACCUGUUCAUGAUUCUCUUGUUAUUGCAUAUCAGGAUUUAUGUCAUUGUGCUGUGAUUAAAAAUAACUUAAAAGAAAAAUGUGUUUCAGUUUGUUCAGCUUCUAUAUUUGAAAAUAUAUAUAUAUAUAUUUUUACAUUAGUAUUUUUAGCAACAAUUUAAAUACUAUGGGGCAAAACUAAGACAAAAGGUUAUAGUUUUUGUGCUAAACAUGCAAAAGUUAAACUUUUUUAGGGCAUCUGAAAUUUUAGUGACUAAAGCCAUAACAUGGUAGGAGCAAAAAGUUCAGGUUAUACGAAAUGGAAAAAUUAACUUGAAGCCUUAGGCCUCUGUAUUUACCAGAGAUUUAAUUCUGAAGUGUUUUUAACAUUUUACAUGUUUUGUAUGAUUCUGAACAAUCACACAGUAAUGCUUUGGCAGAUUUUUUAUUGGUUUUCAGGGAUUUCAGGCUGUCACAAUCAAUUCUGAGAUUAUUUUCUGGAAAUAAAAAAACCUGCAUGCAUUGAAGUCAGUCAUCUUAGAAACUGUCACGAUAUAGAGAAAUGCAAUGAAUCAGAAAGGGGCCGGAGAAAAAGCCACUAAGAUGCUGGGCUAGCCAAACAUUUGACUGUCGCUUCCUUAACCGUCCACUGAACUAUUAUAGAAACCCAAAAAAAUCUGAUCUAAACUGAAGUAAAGACAAGUUUUUAGAUAUCUCAACUCCAAAUUAAUACGAAACCUUAAACGACAAAAAAGAAAGUAGAUAUGUUUGGGGUAAAAAAGUUAAGUGGUAGAACUUCGAUUACAUAGUCCGCUGUUCAAUGUUUAUGUGUGGCUUUCCUGUUCAGUCAACAAAGGAAGUCUCUGAAACAACUUCAUCGAUGUUGACUAAAACAGAUAGUUAUGAAGUGCAAAUAAAUUUAUCUGUAACAUCCCUUUCUCUCUUUUUCUAGGAUCCUCCAGGAGGUAGAAGAGUAUUCUCAGGAAUCCAGCCCACUGGGGUCCCCCACUUGGGUAACUACCUGGGUGCCCUGGAGAACUGGGUGGCCCUGCAGAACGAGUAUCCGUUAGUACUGUACAGCAUCGUGGACCUGCACUCCAUCACCCAGCCUCAGGACCCGGCCCAGCUCAGGAGCAACAUACUAGACAUGGCAGCCAGCCUGCUGGCCUGCGGCAUCGACCCUGAGAGGGCGAUUCUCUUCCAGCAGUCUCAGGUGAGCAGGAGGAGGAGAUGGAGGGGCUGAGGGACCUACUGGUCCUGCAAUAAACAUAAUUUACAAUGUAGUGGAGCUAGAAGAAUCAAUCUGGGUGGUCACAACUUCUCAAUGAUUCAACUUAAUUUAUAAAGCAUCUUUCCUACAUACAGACAAGUAAGCAACCCAAAGUGCUUCACAAAAGUACAGAAAGAAAAUAACAACAGCUGCAACACUAGAGGAGUAACACAAAAAUAAAAGACUAAUAUUUGAAAUGAGAUGGUUAUAAAAAUAAUUGAAAUGAAGAUGGAGUAAUUUAAAUAGGGGAUUUAUAAUUUAAAAGGGGAUAAAACAAAAUUAAGAUCAGUGAAAUUUACAAAGAUCAGAUAAAUAAUAGAAGAAAUAAAUGACAACUCAUCUUACAAUUUACUGACUGUAAACAUUGUUGUUAGGUGGAAAAAUACUUGUUUGAUUUGACAGUGGAAAUAGCUUUUAGUAAUAGAUAACUGAUAAAACUGGAUCAUACUCAAGCAGCAGAGCCGUCUAACACUUUAACUUGAGAAACACUCUAGUUUAACAGACUUGUGUACUUGUUCAAAGCUCACAUCUGCAGCUACAAAAAUAAGUUUUUAAUUGAAUCAUAAUUACUGUGGAAAAGUUUUCAAGUAUGAAAGUAUUUCAAGUAUAAAUGUGCACCUCUUCUUCUAAAGGUAGGCAAAGUUUUCCACUCAGACAGUCGGCCAUCUUUGAGUGUUUAUUUUCCUGCUGUCGAUUCGGUAAUGUUUACCUGCUGACACGCUGGCUCGGCCUCGUAACCGCUCAUUUGAUCGCUCCUGAUUCUUAUCUCCACUGUACGCUCUGCAAAUUCACAGGGGCUAAAAAAACAUACGCAACUGUAAAAACCACGAUUAAAGCUUUGGCUUUGGCCACAUGAAGGAACUACAGAUGAGGAGAUAAUAGAUUUCUGAAGGACUUCUGUAGAUUCACAGAGAGGACGAAGGCAGGAGUCCGGCUGAUUACACUGUUUUACUCUGUGUGUUUUCCUUUAUUUCUCAUAAGUUUGGGAUUGUAGGAGUAUUUGUGAGAGUUAACUUCAGUCCAUCUGUAUUUCUAUGCCAAACCCCCUCCUCUAUACACUCACUCACUCACUCACAGUCCUAUUUUUAUUCCCGUUUAGCUUCAUGCCACAUAACUUGGCAGCCAGACGACCCUCCUGUUGAACACGCCUGCUCCACAUGUAAAAAUACGACAUCUGCCCAAAGAAAAUACUCAUUCAAAAAAAUAAGGAGCAGAUCUGGUGACGAGCUCAACCCGGUUGUAGCAAAGAGGGAAGUAAAUGAAUCAGCAGAUCCACAAAUCCUCCGGGUUUAGAAAGGUAUUGAUGACAAAUGUGGAUUUCCUGUGCAGAGCCAACGCUAAUCUGGUGUCUAAAAUCCCGUCUUUACAGCCUGAAGGAGUUGUGUAAUAAUUCACUAUCAGUGUAUCACCCGUAACAUUAGCAGAUCUCUCUCUGCAUGAAUAGAUUCCUUGUUCCUCCCAAGCUUUUAAAUAUCGGGCUUUUAUUGCAUUUCAAACCACAUUCAUCCCUUUCUACGCUGUCAUCCACAUCUGUCCCAUCUCUCGUCUGUCUGCAAAGUGUAAUGAACACCGACCCCCUACGUGUUCGCCAGAGAUCCUGCUUUAUGUCCCCGCUCUUUGCUCUCCACGUCACGCUCCCCAGAAUGCUUUUCAAGCAACAGGAGGAAGAAGAAAAAAAAAAGAAGGGAUGGCAAUAUAGCCAGCAUCCAUAAAGUUUAAUUUGCAGAGCAGAAGGAUAUUUCCUGCAUCCUCACACACAUUUCACUCCAUGAAAGCGGAUAUGUCGGAGUUAAUUUACUGCAGCCAGAUGCACGAGCUACACCACAUUAAGAGUCGUCUGUCCAUUACUCCACAUAAUGCUGUUGUUAACCUAAAUCAGAAACAUUUUUAAUUAAUUUAAAUUAAUUCACAAAUAAAUCACCAGCAACUGAACGGAAUAUGAAAUGAAAAUGAAAGCUAAAAGGCAGAGUUUAUGCAGCAGUGAAGGCAGACGAUGUUUUUAUAAUGUUUAAAUUGCUGAAGUGUGUAUUAGCUGACUUAUUCUCAGUCGAUUUACAAUACUAAACCCCAAGAUGACCCCAGCUGGUUCACUCAUGAUACAUUAAAUAUGUAAAGAGAGCUUUUUAAACUAUAUUUCUGUUAAAAAUGUUCAAAAAUUGUAUUUAAAAAAGGCCCUAAGAGCGCACUUUUAUCUGAUUGCUUAAGUAAGUCAAAACUAAAGACACAUUGCCAGUGUUGGGCGUCACAAAUAUAAGUCACAUUAAGGGCUUAGCCAAAUAGUGUCUUAUAUGACAACCUUUUACUAAAACUGAGUGUUGUCCAGGUCCAGAAAAUGUUAAAACACAAGUAAAUGAAAAUUUAAGUCUGUAUUUUUAAGUCUUUUUCCACAAUAAAAAAUAAAAUAAAAUAAAAUAAGAACAAAAACAGAAAAUCUAAACCAGGAAAUGCAUUUUCAAUUUCAUUUUUUAAAUUUAUUUCAAAAUGUUGUUUUUUUUAUGUGUAUAUUUUCAUAUUUAAAACUUGACUCUAAACUCAGACAUCCUGUCAGUAAACACAGGUGUGAGCAGGUGCAUGUGUCUGUGUAAUGACUGACAGACACACAGACUGGUAGUACUCUUCUCGGCCACUUGGAGGCGUUAGGAGGUCACCCUCUUCCUCCUCCACAGCUGUCCCAUAACAGACCUCUCAUCCAUUCAUCUGUGUUUGUUUAACGUGUCUGCUUAAUUGACUUCCUCCAUUCAUCUCCUCUCUGUGGUUAGCAGCAUUUAUCUUUGUAUUUGGGCCAAAUUAACAACAGGUUUAUUGAUGCACAUGUGUAUGGAGUACAUGUGUAUGUAUGUAUGUAUAGAGAUAUGCAUAUGCACGGUCAUGUGUACAUAAUGUCAAGUUUUUAUUGCUUUCAGUAAACUCUCUCUUAUACAUCUCUAUUCAGCCUUACAAACAUAAAACUUACAAGAAUACGCAGCCAGAGAGGAGCAGAGUUUAUUUAUUUCGUUAACUCACCCAUGACGGGUCAUUAUUCCUCUAAAAUCUCUCUUAAUGCUGCAGGUGUCAGAGCACGCGGAGCUCUCCUGGAUCCUGGGCUGUCUGACCACCAUGCCUCGCCUCAGGCACCUGCCUCAGUGGAAGGUUUGUGGAGAUUUCCUGCAGCCGACUCUCCCACUCAAACAUGCAAAAACACAUUUUGUCAUAAACAAAAAAUCAUUCUUUUUUUUUCCUUCUUUUUUUAAAUAUUUUGCAUAAUCAAAAAAUUAUAUUUUUUAGGUAGUUGAGAAGGUAAAAGUUUAUGGGAUGUGCGACUCAUGGCUCAUCUAUCGAUAGUUUAACUAGGGAUCGUGGACGGUAUCGAAGCUACAGGGUCUGUUAAAAUCAUAAGAAUUAAUUUAUAAAUGUAAUUAUUGAACUGAGUUUUUUUUAGUUAUUGUUAAUGGCAUUUAAAGAUGUACUAGGGCUGUGAGAUAUUUUUGGUUCUUGUGCUUUCAAGUUUAUUGCAGCUUCUGCUUUUUGUCCUUUUUCAAUCAUAUCUUCGAAUUCAUAAACCAACAGGGAACAAAAGUGCAGAGAAAUACUUUUUAUUUCUGUCAGGAAGAGAAAAACCUUUAAAUCCAGCUCAGACUUCUGUGAAUGACGUAGUUUUAGUCUAGCCAUAUUAAAGGAAUAGUUAUUUUUACUGUCUAUUAUUAAUGAGGAUUGAUGUCAUAUGUCUGAGCUCUUCUCUCGUGUCCUCACUGAUUUCAUACUCGGAGCCAGUGUUUAACUUCAGUAACAAAUAACGCUGCUCCGUUCUUCUCUCCCUGAAUCCUCAGCGUCUGUCCAGCAUCUCUGUUGUCUGUUUUUAUCAUUUUAUUUAUUGGCUUUACCUGCCAGACUUCACAACAGUAAAUAAUUACUGUGAUUUUCCUUCAGCUAGAGGCUGUUUUCAUAUAUGUUAAUAAGACAGUGAGGGAGCCAAAAAGUGUCCCACUGCUUAAUGGAAAACACCUUUUGUUUACCCAACACACGAGUCGAUCUCAAACAUGGUGGAGAAUGUCACGUGAAAUCACCCGUGCCGUGUUUGUCUGAAAAUCUCAACUCAAUCCAAGUGAAAAUUUCCCUUUUAGACAAGAGGAAGAUAAAUUUAGUCUAUUAAUCUGUUUUUUUUUCUUGCAUCUCAACCUAAACUUUUCUCCUUCUGUAUUUUUCUCAGAUAAAAAGCAAACAGAAGAAUGAAGGCAGCGUUGGUCUCUUCACUUAUCCCGUCCUCCAGGCUGCUGAUAUUCUCCUCUACAAGUGAGACACCAGGAUCUUUGUGCAGCCCCUUAUUUUUCUGUUAUUCAGUGUUUUUUAAGCUACUUGUAACUUCAGUUGGUAAACUAGUGAACUAUUCGAAUCACUGUUGCUGAGUGUUUUCUCUCGGUAAAUGAAAGACUGAGAUAUUUUGAACCAUCAAACAACCAAAACUUAAUUUCCUGUGAAAAAGGGCAAAGUACCAGAGAAAAGCUCAUCCCUUACCCUCUCUCUGGGUUUUAUUAAACGUGAAAUAAAUGGCUGGUUUCCUCCAGACUGACAGUUGCAGUCUUUCCAAAGCUACGCUGAAGAGUCGGCUCCAACUGUCUCCAAUUUGUGCUCACAUCUCCUCGUGUGUUUUACCUCCCGUACUAUCAGUGUGUUCGACUGUUAAAGAAAAGCUGAAAUCCUGGUCUUGGUUCUCCUCUCAGGUCCACUCACGUCCCUGUUGGAGAGGAUCAGGUCCAGCAUUUAGAGCUGGCUCUGGAUAUCGCUCGCAGCUUCAACAACCGGUACGGAAAGACAUUCCCUGAACCCGCCACCCUGCUCAGUAAGAACACACUCACAUGUUUAUAAAUAUGACGGCAUGCACACACACUCGGUUUAAGUUGUUUUGGACUCCUGAAAAAGGGAAAUAGAUCUGUAAGAGUGGACAGUAAGUAUCAGAGUUGUGCAUUUUUGUUAUGCACAGAAUUAUUCAGGAUCUUUUGGUAAGACCAUAAAAACCCCUAACAGCUCAAAGUUAAUUUUAAUGGGAUAUUAAACUGUUUAUAUUUCUAUCCUUCCUGUAGAUAGAAAUUUGUAUUCAGUAGUUUUAUCACUGAAAUAAGUAGUAAUCUCUGAUUCAAUCUCUCUGGGUGACUUUUUGCCCAUAUCUGAAUUCUUUAACCUUUGUUUAAAAAAACACAAUCAAAAUCAGAGAGAUGAAUGCUGUAUUGAUCCUUCACAGGAAAUCCCUUUUAUUACAGCACUUAUAAUAACAGUUAAGAUACCACAUCAAACACAAAACACAGAAUAUUAAGGCAUGUAAUAAUAUUCAAUAAGUUUCCAUAACAUAGUUAAACUUAGACGUAAGACUAUUCUGGUCUUGUUGCUUGUAAUGUCUUAGUUCCCAACUCUGACGAAUCAAAAUAAACUUUAUUUGGCAUCUUCUAUUGACAUACACAUACAAGCAUCAGGAUAUAUCUGUAAUUUUCAGAAGAUGAGUGUUUGUGUUGCAAAGUUACUACAACAAAUUUAGGAGUCUGUCAAGAAGUAAUGCAAGCUUAAUCCCCUCCACACUUACACUCAGCUGUGAAGUUCACUCUGCUGAGAGUCACACUCACUGACGCUCACUUCACCACCAGCCCCUCAUUCCUGCAGAAACAUCAACUUUUAUGUUUACAUGACUCACAAAUAACAAAGAGUUUGCAUCUACAGCCAUUAAACAGACAGACCCACAGGAAGUGUAAAACAUGCAGAUUUCAAAACUGGAAAGUAGAUCUUUAAGAUAAUGUAAACUGUUAGAUUUGUACAUCUGUCUGAUUCUAUUAUUUUUAUUUUUAUGAAGUAGUUUAUGAAAAUUAGCAGUGUUAGAAGCAGCAGAGCGGAUAGAAAAUUCAGUGAACAUGGUGCACGGAUAACCACAAAGAUGAAGUUAAAAAUACAAAAAACUUAAAAUACAUUAAUAGAUACAGUUACACCCGCUAAACAAGCAAUGUUGGACGUGUUAUUACAAACACACACACACACACUUAUUUACAAGGCAUCAACCAACGACUAAUGGCACUACAACCGGUCAGCAGGCCUGUGUUAGUGCAGAUUUGUUGUUGGAGGGUCUAAUAACUCACUUUCACUCCACGCUCAGCGAGUGUAGACGGGACUCACUGUGGCAGACCUCCACGUGAGCAAACAGCGAGAAAGUGUGUAAGGAGAGGGUGCAGGGUACAGUUUUUUAAAAAGGUUCACAAUUAAAAACAAAAAGAAAGCAAUGUUUUUGGUGUGAAAUAGGAUUAAAUAUACUUUUUACUCUGGAAGCUAUAAUAAGAUUAUUUAAACAAAACAACAAUAGUAGAUUUAAUUUAGUUGUUUUGCAGUAUCAAGAAAAUUUCAGGAGUUGUGAAUUUAAAUAAACAGCUAAUGCCGAACAAAAACUGUCAUCGUCUCCGCAGAUGAAAUCGUGUGUAACAGUUUUGUCCAUGUUACAUUUGUCGUUUAUUCCUGUUAUUUAAUUCCAGCGAGUCAUGUUCUCUGACGGUUUUCCAGACUUGAUGAAAGUCCCAGGUUUUUGUUUUUUAUCUAUUUUCUCUUUUUUGACCCAUCCAUCUCAUUUCAGAAUGAGGAGUCGGAGUAGAGCGCUCAGAGUGUUUGGCCUUUCUCCAAUAAACCAUAUUAAUAUUUAAAAUGAUGACUGUCCUCCUCCAGCCAGCAGCCACAGACUGUUUAACACACACACAUGGUCAACAUGUUCCCAGUUUCAUCUUCUCUGAUUAUCAACGUCAUAAAGGCAGAAGAUGGAGUCAGUCAUGUGUGCAGAGCAGCUUUGAUUAAAAGAAAUCUCUUCUUCCUCUUGUAUCAGAAUAAUAGAGUGAUAAUAGAUUCAGGAGGGUGUCCUCGAGAUGACUUCAGGGAGCGGUUUGUGUCUCUGUGUGAGCGCGUUUGUGCGUAUUCAGGAUUCGAUCAGCACACACUGGUGGAUUCUUAUUUUCGGUCUUUGGCGAACCCGAGUUGCCAGUCACCACCAUCCCUCUAAAAACCAAACCAAAGACUCCUUAAGAUUUUUUUAAUUUGAGAGAAAUGAGACGUCUCCGUGGUGAUGAGGAGGAUGUGGGGAGGAUGUGGAAGAGCAGAAGAAAAAGUCCGAUCUGGUGAGCUGGAGGAAGGAUGGGGUUGAUAAAUCAGACAGGAGAGGAAAUCCAGGCUCCUGCAGUCUGUUCAUCACUUCACACUGACUUACGUCUGCCUCACACCGGGACGCCUCAACAUAUACACACACACACACACAGAUACACACAACCAGUCAGCAGUAAUGAGACUGUAACUCUUCUUGUGUUGCUGCACAAAGACUGACUGUGUCGGAGCCUCUUAAAACAGCAGCUUAUAGACGUUUGAAUUGAUAGAAUUGAUAUCGUCAUAAUGUAACAAAACUCAAUUAUAUCAAGAAUUAAAGUUUAACAUCUGAAACGUCUGUAGUUUGAAAAUAAAUGAUUCAAAUAUGUUUUUACGAGAAAAUUUGAUAUUUUUUAUAGGGCUGGGAUGAUAUGCUUUUCUCCUAAUUCAAUUCUUCUAAGAUUUUUUGGAUGCCGAUUCGAUGUAAAUUGCGAUUUAAUGAUAUUGUUGAUUUUCUCGAUCUUUAGUCUGCAUUUUGAACACCAGUGAAACAGCUGAAUGAUUAUGAUUGUCUAAUGACUAUUCCAGGAACCAUAUUUCCCCAAAAAUACACAUUAGUUUGUCAGUUUUUAAGAUUUAUUCUUAAAUUUGGAACAUUUUUGAAUGAUUUAAAAAUUGUAAAACAAAAAAUCACGAUACUCAUGUGAAUCAAUUUUUCUCAUAACCCUAUUUUUUAUAUAUUUCAUUUGCUAAUUUUUAGGAAUACAUUAGUUAGGUUAGCAAUUAACUAAGUAUUGAAUGAAAAGCCACCAGUAACACACCAGACACAGAGGAUGGUAGCUUUUUACAGGAUGUUAUCCAAUCUUUGGAUACAAAGCUGACAGAUCAGUGAAAAGUCACUGCAGAGAGUUUUGCCAGACUUGCAAAGCUACUACCUGUGAGAUUGUGAUGUUUGUUUUUUCUCAAUAAGAACAAGUAUGCAGAAAAUUGGUCACUGUGAUUCUGACAAUAAUUCUAUAGUAGUAGUUUGAGCCUCACUCUGUAUGAUUUUAUAUCUGCAGAGAUUAUUUUAAUGACCCUGCUCCUCCUCUGAUAUUCAGUUAAGUAAUGUGAAAACCUGUUUACGAUCUGUAUGUCCACUGUGUCCCUGUAGCAAUUAAAAUAUAAUUUUGAUUAAACACAUUAGGUACUGAUUUUGCCAUAGGGAACAUCUUUUUUCUAAUCAAGUAAACAAUAAUUGAUUGCUACAUUUCCCAAAGAUGACCUUCCUGUUUAUAGUUUUAAAAACAUAUGAAAGGGUUAGGGUCAGUGCACUUACACCUAAAACAUUUUUUGUUUGCUCGAUAAAUGAAUAAUGUUGUUUUCUCCUCAAAUGAAUGCACUCCUCAUUCUGAUCUCCUUCUACAGGCACCACACGAAAAGUCAAGUCUCUUCGUGACCCGACUUCCAAAAUGUCCAAAUCAGACCCCCAGACGUUGGCGACCAUCAGCAUCACUGACUCGCCUGACGACAUCGCCUUAAAGAUUCGCCGCGCCGUCACAGACUUCACCUCCAAGGUCACGUAUGACCCAGAGACACGGCCGGGCGUAUCGAACCUGGUGAUGAUCCACGCUGCCAUGGCGAUGAUCAGUACAGAGGAGGCGGUGCUUCAAGCCAGAGGGAUGGACACAGGAGAGUAUAAGAAACUUGUAACUGAGGCUGUGGUCCAGAGGUUGACCCCCAUCAGAGAGGAGAUCGAGAGGCUGAGGAAGGACCAGGCUCACCUGGAGGGAGUGCUGACUCAGGGGACACACAAAGCGAGAGAGCUGGCUGCUCCGGUGCUCAGAGAGGUCCGACAGAGGGUGGGCUUCAGCUGA